UCUCAAAGGCGGAAAAAAACCGUAAUUAAUUUUUAGUGUGCUCAAAAUCAGAUAAAACACAAUAAUUAUCGAAUUAGUUCAUAUUUUGUCGUGAUUCCAAACAAAUUGAUAACAAAUUGGAAAAUAUUCUAAACUUUAAAAAACGUAUUUGAUAAUUUCAUCAUCUAAACGAUCAAAGAAAUUGAGACGCAAUUGUCAAUCGGACCAACGGAACAAUUUUUCAAUUUUUCCUGUGCAUUAAUUCAUCAAAGUCCCAAAAUAAAUCAGGAUGCGUCCGAAGCGUACUUGCGUUAAUGAAACGAAUGAAAGAAUUCGAAUAUAUUCUGAAUGGGCCAAUUCGCAGCGUCAACGACAACCAUUGAAUGUGACUGUGGACAAUAGUCAACAAACUGAGCCGGCACAAGAGCAUGUGGAUGUACAAGACGAAGUUCAUCAAUCGAUCGAUAUUCAAUUUGAACAGUGUACACCAUGCACAGUUGGUUUGGAAGUCAUGUCACAGAACGAUUCUGGAACUCAGUAUUUCAAUCGAUACCGAGCCACAAAUACAACUGGAUCAAAAAGACGAAAAGUCAUUGAAUCGGAUGAUGAUGAUGAUGUUGUCGACGCACACAGUAAUGUCAUACACACACCUAGCUUAGUUUCGUCACAGUCUUCGACACAAUCGAAACGCGUACGAUUCGAUCAAAACAAUCGACAGCAGCAGCAACAACACUCAAAUUCGUUAAGCCGCCAUUCACCGAUCCACCAAAAUAUACAAAACGCCAGCACAUCGUCAACACAAAGUCAAAUCGAAAUGGAAUGUCAAAAUGUGUUUUCUUCCAUGACAAGAAUAAUAGCUUCGACCGCAGCACAUCGUCAAAUCGGUAAAAUAUUAAAAUCGCUUAAAAUUUAUGCCAUUUUUCCAUAUAAAAUCUCAAAAAAAACUAUUUAGCGAAGUAAUUUUUGAUGUGGCGAUCGUGAAAUCAUUGCUUGCCAAAUUAUCGAUCGAGAGAAAGACGAUACGGGCGCUGUGAAAGUGAAAAGCGUACGCAAUUUUAAAAUAUCCAUCAAGCAAUAUCAUUGGAUGACGAAAUUGCCACAAUUCAAGAAACAACGAGAUCGACUGGUUGGUACGCUUGAAGACGACAGAGCCGACGAUCGUGAGCGCAUCGAACGGGAAACUGAGAACCAUGUACAGCCGAGCAGCAGGACGAACGAUUUUGAAACGUACGC